GUCAACAUGUCCGUCGUGAAAAAGGUCUAUUUACCGUAGUAAUGUUUUUUUUUUUACAUGAAUCGCAACCACGUCUCCUUAAAGGCUCCUCGUGUGUUUUAAAUAGAAUAACAGCAUGUCAGCAUAUAUACUGACACUCCGUGUUCUGCUGGUCUUUGAACUCACCUUUUUGCCUGCGUGCCUGAGAGCCAGUGCUAACUCUGUGGUGAUGGUGCUCUUCCCGACACCACCCUUCCCUGACAGGACCAACACAACAUGCCGGACCUGGGCCAAGUUCCCGUCUCAUAUGAAAAGGAGAAAGAAAACUGUUUAGUUCAGCAGUUCAUUUCUAGAGUUUCGUCAGUAACCGUUUAUGUCACGAAAGUAGGUCAUCUGAACUGUCAAAGUAAUCCGAACCUACGGUCAGAGAGAAAUGUCGCAGUUAGGGAAGGCGGCCACGUUUGAUCAGCCGAGGUCACACGUUUAACGUAACUUGGUAGACCUAGUGUGUUUGGAAUAUUGUUAAACAUUAUUAUCUAUGUAAUAGUAACUUUACAUUUCCCGAGGGUAUAAAAACCUCAGCACUGAUAUUGAAAGCUUUAGCAAUAAGUAACGUUAAAACUUGAGCUGAUUUCCAAUUAGCUUCCGCUAGCCAGCCAAGGCGUCAGUUAAGCUUUAAAUUGAAUACCUUUUUAAAAACACGCAGUUUCUGACAGGGGCCAUCUCUAAACAACGACGAAACAGUUCGUGUAACGUGACGGAUGGACGAGCUAAAAAUAGGAACAUAGCUUAUUAUAUAUUAUUAUAUGACCGGUAACUAGACUUACCAUUAUUUUGUUCCAUAUUUUUGAAUUGACACAUGCACAGAGCUCAAUUACUUCCGUACAUCGUCAUGCGCCACCUAGCCAAUCACACAGCGCAUGCUACAUUUAAGUCCCGCCUCUUUUCCAACGCCACCAAUAAUAUGCCGCUGCGCACCAUAUGGCGCAUUAAAUCGCACAAAUAAACCAGUCUAUGGUCAAACGGGAUUAUUGUGUUUAGUGAACCGUUUUACUUGUCUUCGACUUUUAACUAAGAUGACUACUUGUGAUUUUAAGUACAUGAUGGGCUCGUUAUUUUAUCAAGUAAGCAGACCACACAUUAUACUAUAAUUUGCACAAAGGCCAGCCAACGACUCUUGGUAAAGGUAACUAAAAAAGAUAACUCCUCCCCCACUUGAGUCUCUUAUCCAAUCGGCACACGAUAAGGGCGUGGAGAAGUAAUGUUUACGUCUAGCUUGCUACGAAGUGGGACAGAGUGUAAACUGCACCUGUCACAAGGUCGGACAUACAGUAGAAGCACACUGGCAUUUUCAAAUGAGCCACUGCAAGACCGUGUAUAGGACGACUACUGUAAGAGUUGCCAUGCUGAGAAGAAGCAGGAACGGCCGGGCUCGGCAUUUGGCCUGGAGCGAAACACGGCAAGAGACAGAUGUUAUGGCAGUGAUCCAGACGAGGGACAGGGAGGAAUGGGAAGGCCAGACGACGACACAGAUCAGCGGCGUGGAGUCUGAGGUGGAUUACCUGGAGAGUUCUCAGGCCAUAUCUGAGGCGGUGGCCCUGCCCAGCAAAGUACCGGUGAUAGGGGAGUCUUUCUGCCAGUGUGACCGACAGAAAGAGCUCGGCCCGGGCUUCUGUGUCACCAGUGACUGCCUCUGUGGGGAGGAGGAUGAGGGUUUUGACUGGGAGUGGGACGAGCACUACAAGUCUUCCGGAGCCUUCCUCAGCUGCAACAAAAGGAAGGUGAGUUUUCACUCUGACUACAGCUGCGGCACAGCUGCCAUCCGCGGCACCAAGGAGCUCUCAGACGGCCAACACUUCUGGGAAGUCAAGAUGACCUCUCCUGUCUAUGGAACCGAUAUGAUGGUGGGAAUUGGAACUUCAGAGUUGGACCUGGAAAAGUUCAAAUUCAGCUUUGGCAGCCUGCUGGGCCACGAUGAGAACAGUUGGGGGCUCUCUUACACAGGUUUCCUCCAGCACAAAGGGGACAAUGUGAAGUUCUCCUCUCGGUUUGGCCAGGGCUCCAUCAUAGGAGUGCACCUGGACACCUGGCAUGGUACCCUGACCUUCUACAAGAAUCGACACUGUUUAGGUGUUGCUGCCACUAGGCUGCAGAACAAGAAGUUCUACCCCAUGGUGUGCUCCACAGCAGCUAAAAGCAGUAUGAAGAUUAUCCGUGCCUGCUAUACACCCACCUCCCUGCAGUACCUUUGCUGUGCCCAGCUCCGCCAAAUGUUGCCCUGCUGCCCCAAUGUACUAAAUGCUAUAGAGCUGCCCCCAGGCCUGCGCACCCUCCUGCAGUUACAGCUGGGCUGGGUCUUCACCCUCAGCAGCAGCCCUGAAGCCUCGGAGCAGCACGAGGAAUUGCUUGAGGAUUUCUACGAGGAGAUGAGCCUGCCUUCCAGCCCCAUCCCGAGCCCAGCCUCCACCCUGAGUGCCUGCGCCUCCCCGAGCCCCUGCACCAGCCCGUUUCUCGACACAGUCCCAUACCAGUGUCCCUGUCACAUGUCCCCUCAAUCUCAACCCUGCACUUGCCACUGUCCUCCAACUCCUCCCAGCAGCGACUACGACAGCUGCUGCUCUGAGCCGGAGGAUUACCGAUGCAAAAGAAGCCGCUGGACAUGACCUAGUAGUCAAAAGGUAUUUGUAAGUGUUUGGCACACAGCUAUUCUACCAUUGCCAUCAACAUCUCCUGUUGGAAAUCAAGAAGAGCAAUCUCAUCUUUUAGCCAUUUUUUUUUCUUAAUCUACAUUUGGCGUGGAUUGUUUCUUGUUUUUUAUUUAGCAAGUGUGUGUGACAUUCAAACAACUUUGUCAUUGAAUGGGGAGAAGGGAGUGAGUGUGUAGCGUAUGAGACAUUUAACGAAGUUGAGAUUUUAGAGUGACAUCUGGGUCAUUCAUUUGUAUUUUAGCCAAUUUCUAUCAUGGGGUUAAUGAUAACAAUAAUAAUAAUAAUUAUAAUGAUAUGCCAGUUACUGUUUGGAAGGACUAAUGUUUGCCAGAUUAGACUUUGACAAAAAAAAAACACACUGGAAAUCUUGUGAAAGUAUACACUUGUUAUUCUCAGGGACAGACUCCAGGGGGGAAGGAGUUGCUUUUUUGAUACUGUGGAAAAGACUUUUUGUAAAUGUGUUUUGUAAUCAGCAUUUGGCUUGAAUAUCAACAGUGGUGGUGUUCUUGCUCACCAGAGGAUUUGUUUUUCUAUUUACAGUUUGUUUGUUAACUUUCUUACUCAGGAAAUUCUCUAAAAUAAAACAAAAAUGAAAA